UGUUGCUGAAAAGCAUUUUUAGUGUCACUUCCAAUACUUUGAAACUUUCUGAUAUUUUAGUAAAGUAGUGAAGUCACUCGCACACGACCAAGUUUUUUUAUAGCGCAUAUUUGAGAUUUGAUGAUGAUGGAGACGAGGAAUGAAUGGCAAUCUUAAAAUGGAGGGAAUAUUGUGGGAGACAGAUGAGAAGGAGAGUGCAAGGUGAAGGGUCACGCCCGCAGUCGUAGGGAAACAGGCCAGCUGUCUCUUUAAAAAACGACAACGGCUUCAAACCGCCCUCAGGCCUCUGCUAUAUGCAAAUGAGGUUAGUGCUGGUUGGCUGGCCUUCAAUGAAGCUGCUUGUGAUUGGACCACAGAGGCUGGGGGGGAGGGCUGGGCGUGGAUGACAGCUGAGAGAGAGCUGGGAGGGAGAGUGAAAAGCAAUCGAGGGAGAGCGCGGCGAGAGGGGAAGAAGGGCUGACAGACUUCAUUAUGCAAGGUAUCCGACCCCCGAUCCUUAACGGGCCUAUGCAUCCACGGCCACUGGUGGCGCUGUUGGAUGGGCGCGACUGCACCGUUGAAAUGCCCAUCCUUAAAGAUGUUGCUACUGUGGCCUUCUGUGAUGCCCAGUCUACACAAGAAAUUCAUGAGAAGGUGCUGAAUGAGGCUGUGGCCGCCCUGCUUUAUCACACCAUCACUUUGUCGAGAGAUGACUUGGAGAAGUUUAAAGGCCUCAGAGUAAUUGUCAGAAUUGGGUCUGGCUUUGACAAUGUUGAUGUCAAAGCAGCCGCUGAGCUUGGCAUUGCCGUGUGUAACGUUCCAGCAACCUCAGUGGAGGAGACAGCCGACACGUCGCUAUGUUUGAUCCUGAACUUGUACAGGCGAGUCACAUGGAUGCACCAAGCUCUGCGGGAGGGAACCCGAGCCUCCAGUGUAGAGCAGAUCCGAGAAGUGGCAGGUGGUGCUGCUCGUAUUCGAGGAGAGACGCUGGGCAUCAUAGGCCUUGGACGUGUUGGCCAAGCGGUGGCGCUGCGUGCCAAAGCUUUCGGGUUUGGAGUAAUCUUCUAUGACCCUUAUUUGCCUGAUGGCGUGGAGCGCUCCCUGGGCCUGCAGCGCAUGGCCACCCUCCAGGACCUGCUCAUCCACUCGGACUGCGUAUCUCUGCACUGCAGCCUCAACGAGCACAACCAUCACCUUAUCAAUGACUUCACCAUCAAACAGAUGCGUCAGGGAGCUUUCCUGGUGAACACAUCAAGAGGCGGGCUAGUUGAUGAGAAAGCACUGGCUCAGGCCCUAAAAGAGGGUCGGAUACGAGGGGCUGCUUUGGACGUCCAUGAAAGCGAACCUUUCAGUUUUUCAACCGGCCCCCUUAAAGACGCCCCCAACUUGAUCUGUACUCCGCACACAUCUUGGUACAGUGAGCAGGCCUCGGUGGAGGCUCGGGAGGAAGCAGCUAGAGAAGUGCGCCGUGCAAUUACUGGGCGUAUCCCGGACAGCCUGAAGAACUGUGUGAAUAAAGAGUAUCUGAUGGCAGCAUCUCAGUGGCCUAGCAUGGAGGCUGCCACUGUUCACCCUGAACUUAAUGGCGCAACUUACAGAUUUCCUCCAGGUCUGAUCAAUGUUGCUGCGGCAGGGGGUCUCCCUGGAACUGGAGCUGGGGUCGAAAGCCUGGUUUCGGGAAACCUGGCCCACGGCAUAGCCCCCAUCUCUCAACCACCACACGCCCCUUCCCCAGGGCAGCCAAAUAAGGCCGAAGGCGACAGAGACAUCCCCUCCGACCAAUAGCCCCCCCCCCCCCAUCUGCCCAUACUAACAACCUCCCAAACACCCCUGCUCCCUCCCCUUGACUCCCUGCUACAGCCAACACAUUCCGUCACCUCUGGAAAAUCCGGGUUCCAAACUUAUCUUCCUCCCAGCAUCAGACACAUUUCGCCCUCCCCCCGAACACAACGAUGACCUGAUGUAACUCCAUGUGGUCUCACUUGACCAGCCUAGGACCCCCCCCCCCCCCAACACACACACACACACACACAUGCAGGCAUGCACGCAUCCCUCCUCAUUUCACAACCCCUCUGCCCCCACUCACUCCCUAACGUCAGCAAUAACUUUGUUCUCAAGGAUUCAGUGAUCAGAUUGGAAUUUUUCUAUAGUUGGCUGUUGUGACUUAAGGUGUUCAUGUUUAUAAAGAAAAAAAAAACAUUUCUGACAUCAAGGCUUUCCAGUCGGCUGCAUCCUCAACUGACUGACCAGUGGAGGUGCUCAGUCAGAAAGUGCCCCUUUGUCCAUGAAAGGCUCGUGUUUCUGUUUUGGUUGUCUUUUCUUUUCUCUCGCACCGCCCUCCAUUUCCCGUCCAAUCUUCUUGUGACGGGAUCAUGUGUACUUCAAGAUAAACCAGACCCAACUGGUAAAAAGCCUCUCCUGCCCUGUUGGGAAUUGUAUUUAAAAUCAUGGCCCCGCUGUUCCAAAUGGCCUCGAUCUUCAGUCUUCCUUUAGGUUGACAAAUUCACCUCUACUCAAAUCCACCCAGGUUCAUGAACUUCUGUCUCAUGCCCAAAAGUUGUAGCGUCAGUACUCCAUCACACACGUGCGGGGCCUUGCCAGCAGAGGGCGCCGCCUGACCACUCAUUUCAGUCUGUGCAGGAAGAUGGUCUCCAUUUUAGCUUUCUUGAAGCAAAGACCCCACACUGACCUAACCAGGCCAUACAUCCCACUCGCCGUGGCCACCGGCCCCACACAUGCUCACGAACCCCCGUUAAACGUUUGGAGACGGUAACAUUAAAUUCCUCAGUCGCAACAAGGGAGAUGUUAUCUUUUGCAUGCUAGCUUUGUUCACAACAAUGGUAUGUACAAGAGUGUGUGUGCCGGUGUGUGUCCCUUUGCGCUGUUUUCUUCCCAAAGGUAUAGUCCCUACGAGUAACUCUUUAACGCUGUCACUCUGGUGUCAAGGAAACACCUUUCUAGUACCUCAGUAACAGAUAUUGAAUGUACCGUGCAUACCCUUUUAUUUUUGUGUACAGAUUUUCUAGAUUCUUCUUACUGUUCUUUAUCAGAAGGGUUGUGAUAUUGUAGCAGUAAUGAUUAGAUUAAAAAAACAAUCCCCCUCAUUAAACAAAGCGACACAUAGGAUCUCCUCUUUUUCUUUCUCUCUGUCUCUCUCUCUCUCUUUUUCUCUCUCUAGGUUACUGAACUGAAUACUCAGGCUUAGAAACCAAUGCUCGUCUUUUGCCUUGACCUUGGUCCCUUUUGUCCUCCAUCUUACUCGCUAAUGAUUCACGAGGAACAAAGAAAGGUGGUACUUGUGCUCUUGCUAGUUUAUGUUCACUAGAGCAUUAGUAGUAGAUGCUUUUUUUUCAUCCCUCUUGUCAUUGCCCUGCUGCUCUGUUUGAUGUACAUGUGCGAUUUUCAUUUAAGCAGAUAAAAAAAAAAGUUCAAAUUAGUGGCUGCUUCUCCCUCUGAGUUUUUUUUUAGCCCCGGUAGCCAUUUAUGUCAUGGUCAAUUUCCAGUAAUGUGCAGUUUUGCCCUCUGGAUCACACCCUUCCCCCAUUAGUCUGAGUGACUUGGAGCAUGUGGUGCUUGGCUCCUCCGUCAUGUGAUGAGUAUAUAUUUUUAAGAAGAGUAACCCUCUCCCCCAAACCAACGCCUCACCCACCCACGUUCCCCCAUAGUUCCGUUGAUAAAUAAUCUUAAAUUUUACUGUUGAUGAUGAUUAUAUAUAUUUUUUCAUUUCAGCCGUGCACUGUCGUGUAUACAGUUACAGUUUAUAGUUAGUUUUAAUGUAGAUGACAAUUUGUUUUUAUGGAUAAUUGCUGUCUGUGCUCCAUCUACAUGUUGUCCUGAAGAGUAUGAAACCUCCCCCUCCUCCUCCUGCUACCCCCAACUCUUGCUUCCCAUGUCACAUCCCAAACCACCCCCCCCACCCCCGUACCCUCGGCCUCGCUAUGUCCUUUCUCACUGUAGCCGUUGUAGAAAGUCGCCAUGGAACCACUCACUGCCUUAAUACAGUUGACCACAGAAAGUGACCAGUAGAAAUGAACGAGCCCCCUCCCCCAAAGAAAAACAUCAAAAAACUCCCCAGUCACACAGCAGGCUGAAUUCUACAAAGGUGUAUUAAGGUCACACGAAAAAUGAGACAGAAAAUGUUAAAUGACAAGGAGAAGUCACAAGAAUUUGCAAUUUUCCAAUAACAAAACAACACCUUCUGUCAUGUGGUGAAACUGUCAUGAGCUCACAGUUGGCCCACAAGUUUUCCUGUGGGUGCACAAUUGAGUGACACGUAAGUCACGCUACUGGCCUUAAUUGGGUGGGUUUUUUUUUUAAAGCAAACUGGGCUAAAAAAAAAAAUCAUACUUCCCAAGAACUUAAAUGGGACUUUAAACCAGGUCAACUCGGAAUCUUUGUUGGAACACUUGAUGAUUGAACUAACAACAAAUGAGAACAUUUUGUACAAGCAAAUUAAACUGUACAUGCUGAUGAUGGUGCCAAAAUGUUGACUUUCAUUGUGAAACUAUCGUGACCACAAUCAUCAUAGUCAUGUUUAUGUCCAUAAUGUUUAAUCUUUUCCUAAAGUGACAAUUUAUCAAUUUAUUUUUACUUCUCAUACUAUGGCCUUUAUGUAACUUUAUUCUCAUGGUACCGUUUUUUCUCCACCAGCCCCAUGUGGCUCUAAUACUCCUUUGGCGAAUUCUACAGUACCUUUGCAGUACCUUUGGAUCAAAGGCAUCCCCCCCCCCCCACACCAAAGUCACACCAGCGGUGUGUUUGUGCUCUGGCUAAAAGAUACACGCACAGUGUGUGUGUCUUUGUGGUCACAAAGCUCAAGCUGAUAUUUCACUCUCGGUUGUGAGAAUACAGCCAUCCUUCCUACUCCUGCUACGACUUGGGGCUUUCAAAGGGUCUUUCACUCUGCUGCCGGAGACCCCCUAAAGGGCUGGAGUGCUCGAGGCACAGCAGACACCGGUGUCAUCUGUCCAGAAAACAAAAACAAUUGGUCACUUUUUCUCUCUCAGGGUUGAAAUGAACACAUAUCCUUUAGCAAUUGUCCUCCUUCCGAAUGUAGAACAGCCUUGUGUGUUUGUAGAAGCCGCAAACCUCUUCUCUUGUUCCACCCCUCCCUUUUCCGACUCGCUUGUUUUUCCUUUGGCACUGGCCUCUAACCAUCUAGCAAGGAGAGAAUGAAUGCUUGAAAGUGACUGUGUGCAUGUGUUGUUUGAUGUUAAGAUUGGGAAAUGUAAUUUUACAUGUGACCAAUGCCCCCCCCCCCUCCCUCUCACCCUCAUUUGUGAACUGAUUUUUCAACAGACUGCAAAAAAAGGAAAAAAAAACAUCUCUGUAACUAGGCUCUUAAGCUCUUUUGUUUGUUUGUUUUGUUUACUUUUUUAUUAGAAACAAACCUGUUUGUGAUGGUAACACCCAAUGGUAAACUCCACACCGUAUUUUAAAUAAAAGCUUAAAAAUUAAA